GUGAUGGCGGCGCCGCUGCGGGACCGGCUGUGCUUCCUGAGCCGGCUCCCGGUGCUGCUGCGGGGCACGGCGGACGAGGACGGGCCCUGCCCCGGGUACGUGCUGGAGGAGAUCGCCAAGAUCUCCCGCGAGUCGCCCGGCAGCAGCCAGUGCCUGCUGGAGUACCUGCUGAAGCGGCUGCAGAGCAACUCCUGCCACGUCAAGCUGAAGGUACGGGGCCGUGUGGGGCCGUGUGGGGCCGCGUUGGGCUGUGCGGGGCUCUGCGGGGCUGCGCUGGGCUCUCUGGGGCUGCAUGGGGCUCUAUGGGGCUGCACGGGGGCCGUGCGAGGCUCUGCAGGGCUCUGCAGGGCUGCGCGGGGCUCUAUGGGGCUGCGCUGGGCUCUGCGGGGCUCUGUGGGGCUGUGCAGAGCUGCGUGGGGCUGUGCGAGGCUUUGCAGGGCUCUAUGGGGCUCUGCGGGGCUGCGCUGGGGCUCUGCAGGGCUGCGCUGGGCUCUGCGGGGCUGCACGGGGCUCUGCGGGGCUGCACGGGGCUCUAUGGGGCUGCAUGGGGCUGUGCGGGGCUGCGUAGGGCUGCGUGGGGCUGUGCGAGGCUCUGCAGGGCUACGCGGGACUGCACGGGGCUCUGCGGGGCUCUGUGGGGCCGCGCAGGGCUCCAUGGGGCAGCCCCAGCCCCACGGGAGGGCUGCGGUGCGGCCGCCUCACCCCCAGCCCCCCGCGGGCAGGUGCUGAAGAUCCUGCUGCACACAUGCGCCCAGGGCUCCCCCCAGUUCCUCCUGCAGCUGAAGAGGAACGCCGUCUUCAUCCGGGAGGCUGCAGCGUUCGCUGGGCCCCCAGACCCCCUCCAUGGCAACAGCUUGAACCAGAAGGUCCGGGCGGCUGCACAGGAUCUGGCCAGCGUUCUCUUCUCGGAUGCUGCGCUCCCGCCGCCUGCCACGCCGCCUGCCCGUCCCCUGCCUCCCGCGGGCAUGGGUUCCAAGCCCAGCCCCUGCAGCUCCUUGCAAGGAUUCGGCUUCAGCAGUGAGAGGAGCGGCUCCGCCUCGGCAGGUGAAGCCCUGCUCAGCACCAUCCAGCGAGCGGCCGAAGCGGUGGCCAACGCCGUGCUCCCGUCCCCGGAGGCGCCCCGGCCUCCCUGCAGGGAGCUCCACGAGGACGCCUACCGGCCCGUGACCGCUCCCUCUCCCUCCAGGAGCUCGGCCGCCUCCGCCAGGCCUCCGGCAGCCCCCGCAGCUCGCAGCACCCGAGCGAGCCACCAGCCGGGGCUGGCCGGGGGCGGCUGGGAGGAGGCGGACAGCGGGCACAGCUCGCAGGACUCCUCGCAGGACAACGGUGACCUGAGCCGAGCCUCCGACUCCUACAGCAAGUCGGGCAGCGACAGCCGCUCCGGGGCCAGCAGGGACCUGGCAAACGUGGCCGAGAGGGCGGAUGCUGACGGCCUGGGCGACUGCCUGCGGGAGGUGAGCCUGGUGUCGGCGCUGACCCAGGGCGCCCGGGUCUUCCUGAGCAGGGAGGAGGCGCAGCACUUCCUCAAGGAGUGCGGGCUCCUGAACUGCGAGGUGGUGCUGGAGCUGCUCAGCCGGGCCCUGCAGGACCCCAGUGACAGCGUCCGCAUGCGGUCCAUGUGCGCCAUCUCGUCCCUCAUGUGCUCUGACCUGCUGGCCCUGGACCAGAUCUUCGCCGUGACGCAGCAGCACCUGCAGCAGCUCAGCCAAGGCAGCCCGGGCCCUGUGGCCAACCGAGCCACGAAGAUCCUGCGGCAGUUCGAGGCUCUGUGCAGAGGCCGCUCGUCCCCAAAGAGCCCUCACGCGUCCUCCGUCCUCGCCGAAGCCUCGUCCCCAUGCGCUGCAGACCUGCUGACGGACAUCCCCCCCCUGUCCAGCGAGGGCAUCCUCCAGCCCCUGAGCGCCGCCCCGCUCCCCGCUGCUGCUCCGGCCCCCGGGGGAGAGCCCCGGCUGGAAACGGAGCCCCGGGGGCAGCCCGGCCCCGCGGCAGCAGCCAGCCCGCGCGAGAAGGAGGCAGCGAGCAGACUGCUUGGGGACACGUCCGCCGCGGCUGCUCCCACCCGCAGCCUGUCCCUCUUCGCCGGCAUGGAGCUGGUGGCGCGGCCGGGCACGGUGCUCGCCCCGCUCUCUCCCCCUGCGGAGCCGCGGACGCUGCCCCAGCCCGAGGACGGGGCUGGUCCCGGUCAGAGCGAGGCCGAGGGCGGCCGGGAGCCUUCUGCCUUCUCCUUCCUCAACGUGUAGCUGCCGUGACGCCCGGCCCUGGGCAGCCCCGCAGCCCCUCCGCGCUGUCGGGGGCUGCUGGGGGGGACGUGUGCCUUGGCUCCCCCCCCGGCACCGGGGGGGUGGGAAAUAAAGGAGCAGCCCUGCAGGGGCGAGCGAAA